AUGGCUCCACUUACCAAGGAGGAAAUCACCACAGCUAUGCAGCAGCUGGGAGCUUUCAAGGCACCCGGUCCCGACGGGUUUCAUGGCAUCUUUUACAAAGAGAACUGGUCAGCAAUCUCUAAGGAGAUCUUCCAAGAAAUACAGCUAUUCUUCAACUCUGGAUUUGGAGCCAAUGCUUUGAAAUAUGAUUACACAGCCAGUGUUGAGUGCUUGCCUUUCCCUCAUAAGCCUCAGUACAAUGGAGGGAUAAUCAAGAACCCAGAGCUGAAUUUUGGAUUAAGAGCAUGGUCCGCCUUUGGGAAUGCAAAAGUGGAGCACAGAGUGUCUAAUGGAAACAAAUUCAUCGUGGCUCAUAGCAGGAAUGAAUCACAUGACAGUAUCUCCCAGAAGAUUUACUUGAACAAGGACAAACUCUACACUUUUUCUGCGUGGGUGCAGGUGAGUGAGGGGAAGAUCCCGGUAAAAGCUGCUUUUAAGACGAUUAGCGGGUUCAAACAUGCUGGUGCUGUUAUAGCUGAAUCAAACUGCUGGUCCAUGAUCAAGGGUGGACUCACUGUUGAUGAAUCAGGGCCGGCUGAGCUUUACUUCGAGAGCAAAAACACCUCGGUUGAGAUAUGGGUUGAUAGCAUCUCGCUACAACCGUUCACAACAGAAGAGUGGAGAUCACAUCACGAGCAAAGCAUUGAGGAGAAACAUAAAAGAAAGGUCAGAAUUCAUGUAAUGGACAAGCAAGACAAGCCCGUGGCUAAUGCCACCAUCUCUAUUGUUCAAAAGAAGCUGAGCUUCCCAUUUGGUAGUGCCACAAACAAGAACAUCCUGACGAACGCUGCAUACCAAAAUUGGUUCACUUCCAGAUUCACUGUCACGACCUUUGAGGACGAAAUGAAGUGGUACACCACCGAGCCAUCCCAAGGCCGCGAGGACUAUUCGGCAGCAGAUGCAAUGCUCAACUUCGCAAGGCAACACGGCAUAUCAGUGCGUGGCCACAACGUGCUGUGGGAUGACCCAAAGUACCAGCCUUCAUGGGUCCCUUCCCUCUCGGCGAGCCAGCUCUCCAAAGCAGUCGCAAAUAGGAUAAUGUCUAUCAUGAAGAGGUACAAGGGCCAGGUCAUCGGUUGGGAUGUGGUCAAUGAGAACCUGCACUUCUCCUUCUUUGAGAGCAAGCUCGGAUCACAAGCAUCUGCCAACGCUUAUAAAACGGCCAAGUAUAUGGAUCCUUCGACGACCCUGUUUUUGAAUGAAUAUAACACGAUUGAGGAUAGCAGGGACUGGGCAACUUCACCUACCGCGUAUGCCAAAAAGGUAAGAUAUAUUCAAUCUUUGGGCGGCGGGAAUUUGGGCAUCGGACUCGAGUCCCAUUUCAAUGUGCCCGACCUCCCUUACAUGAGAUCCGCGAUUGACACUCUUGGAGCUUUGGGACUGCCAAUGUGGUUGACCGAAGUCGACGUGCAAAGUGGACCAAAUCAGAAGGCAAUGUACUUAGAGCAGGUGUUGAGGGAGGCGCACGCUCAUCCAAAGAUCAACGGAAUAGUAAUGUGGACAGCGUGGAAGCUGGAGGGGUGUUACCGGAUGUGUCUGACGGACAACAACUUCCGCAACUUGCCAACCGGCGACGUGGUUGACAAGCUGUUGAAGGAAUGGGGCGGGGGCAGGCAGGAAUUGUCAGGCAUGACUAGUCCAAAUGGUACCUUGGAGGCCUCACUCUUUCAUGGCGAUUACCAAGUGACGGUCACUCAACCAGGGGCAAACAAUUCAUAUGUUGUUCAAAGCUUAGAGGUGGCUCCAGCUGAGACUUCUCCACAUAGAUUUAUUCUUCACGAUGUUGCCUUGGAGGCCUUGCUCUUCCAUGGCGAUUACCGAGUGACGGUCACUCAGCCAGGGGCAAACAGUGAAUAUGUUAAGGCUUUGAGGUGGCUCCAAUAG